AAUUAGUGUAUGACUGUUCCGCUCCCAGAUUCAUCUGAUUUGUUAAUAAUACAAAUAAAAUAAAAAACACUGAAACAUUGAUUUUUAGUAAAAACAUCCGUCUUCUAGAGAUGGAACUUAAUGACGUGUCCUGUGUUAACGCCCCCUUUUGAACGUUAUCGAUCAACGGUAGUUCUACUCAAUUAAUAUUAAUGAGCUAAGCUUUCGCCUUAAAAGGAUUAGUAAUUUCGCCUUCCGGGAGUUGAAGUGUUCUCGGUGAUGACAAGAUCACCACAAGUGAAACCACAUACACAGUAUAAAUAAUGAUGCUAAAAUAAAAUGCGCACAUGUCCGUAAAAUAAUAAUAACAACUCUAAAUAGAGAAAGUUUAAACUAUGUAUUUUAAGUAAAUAAAUGAAAACAAAAGACUUGCGUGUUCUAGUUCACUGUGGGUGUUUUUGUCUUCUGGGCGUCAUGGCUGAGACUUCCUCUUUGAACUAUUGUUUCAGUGUGCGCACACUGACGAUCAGUUCAGUGUCUGUGUUCCGAUGACAGCUGAAGGAUGGGGGACCUGCAGUCCUUGCGAGUCUUCAUAAACGGUUUGGAUCAAAAGUCUUUACCCCGCAUACUACAGGUCUGCUCUGGGGUCUAUUUUCAGGGGUCAGUAUAUGAGCUUUCAGGGAGUGAAGUGUGUUUAUCUACUGGAGACCUGAUGAAGAUCAUUAGUUUAGAGCUUCUGUCUGUAUCUUGUGAGGAGAUUGACACCGGAACGUCAUUUGAAUUGCCUAUUGAGUAUUCAGGUCAGUUUCAACUCAUCGCUGAGGAUCUGCCAUACAACACAAUAAAGGAACUUGUGUGUUUGUGUCCUGUUGGUGUGGAUGCCUGCGGCUCCUUCACCUUCAUUAGCAGCAAUGAACUGACUGUAGACAAUUUUACGCUACCUGCUGGAAAACAGUUGACCCUGCUGUCAGUGGAGCUUGAUGAAGAUGGGGCAAGACAAGCACGGUGUCAGCUGGUUGGACAAAACAUGGCCUCUGCAGAGAUACUCCUACCCCUAUCCCUCAAGGGGGAGUUUUAUGAGUGUAUAGAUGAUCAUGGUUAUUCUCUGCAGGAAAUCAUAUCAUCUCCCAGGCUGAGCAGCCGUUGCUUCCGCAGUACAAGUGUGAAAAAGAGUGGGAGCCCAUUAGUUUUUAGCCCAGUUUAUGAAAUUCAAGCCAUUAUGCAUAUGAGAAAGGACGUAGUCAAGUUCCCCUCCAGCCUGGAAGUGGAUGUCCAGGACAUGACGGACCAGUUUCAGGAUUUAGUGUUCAUCACUCCACUAUCAUUGGCUGAAGUUGCAAGACAACAAAAAGAGUUGUUCCCCACUAUCGCAGAGAUCCUGGACGGCCCAGAGGGUAACCAGUUUUUUAAUUGCAGCUGGUUCCAAGAACUGCAAAAAGGCAGGCAUCUAGUGUUACAUGGGUGGGGCGAAACACCAAUGGUAUUAGCCUCAACUCCAAAGGGGAGGAAGGGAAAACAGUACUUCCUAAUCUCACAGGGAUAUGGUGGACGAAUGAGAAGGAGGGCCAGGGAAUUUGGAUCCGUCUAUGAGCUGUACUUGGCAUCCUCUCAGUCUCCGGGAUUGAAGGUUAGUGUGACGCGGGACUGUGAAGGGGUAGAGGAAGAGGGAAUGCCUGCCCUCAGUGUUGGUGAACAUCUUGAGGUUCUGGGGAUGGCAUCGAAGGACGAAUCUGGAGCUGCUCAGAAAGUAGAAAGUCUCAUUUGCAAACAGACUAUGGAGGUGGAAGACGAGGAUGACGAAGAUGAUGAAGAUGGUGGAAAAGAACUUGCUCUGCCACUGUUCAUGGGAGGCCACUUUGUGGAAAAGCUUUCAGAUAACAAGAAGUACAGUUUAACAGACUUGAUGAACAGUUCGUUGCCUCUUGAUAUCAAAGUAGUGACUCGAGAUAAAGAACUAGAGAAAGAUCCCCUGAUGGGCUUGCCAGCACUUAAGCUUGAGGAAACUUUCAUAGAGACCACGGUGUUGACCAGCCUACCCAAUAAUCCAGAUUGGUGCUUUGAGUUGCCGGUACGCUGGUUACAAAUGUCUCUCUGUUUCACCUCUGAUCAUCUGCCAUGGUCCAUUGGUGAGCCCCCCGAACUUCAUGUAGAAACAGUCAUUGAGGUAACAGAGAACUUCUACUAUGAAUAUCACAAACUCACAAGCAAAGCUGAGGAACCUCCUCCUCGUCCACCGAAGAGAAAGCCAUCUGCUUCAGAAGCACCUAAAAAGUCCCCCAAGUCUAGAUCUUUUAAAUCAUUACCAAACAUAAUGACCCAACAACUUAAUGAUCUCUCGCUGGGCCAGACAAAGGCGAGACGCCCCCCUGCUCCACCUCCUCCUGACGAUCAAGGAGGCUCUCAGAUUAUGACCAUGACUACGAGUCAAUUGAUGAAACAUUUCAAAACACCCAUGAUAGCAUCAUGUACUAUUAGACCAAGGACAAUCUGGACUCAAGUACACAAAGGAAAGAGUCUGCCGGUUCUCCAUAACAAGCAAUGCAGAAGAUGUCCCCAGAUGUCAAAGGAAAUAUGGGAUACUCCACUGCACCCACCCCUGAAUGUCAACACUAGAAGUUGACAUGUCCUGCUGUAUUACAUGAUAUACUCCAUCCAAGACUAUUGUAAAUAGCAUUUUGCUGAUUCUUUUAUAGUUACUGUGCAAGCACUUUUUUAUGACCUCAUAUUAAUUGAGACUUCAUGGAAUAGUUGAUGAAAAACUUGAGUAAAAUGAUGUCAGUUUUCAUAAACCAGCCAGUCU